AUGAAUCGUUUAGAUGGUUGGGAAGAGCUGCCAAACAAAGAAAAAUAUGUUAGUUUGAAUCAGUUCUUUCUACGCUGUUGUAGUGCCUGGAUUCAUGCGAGGUACCGUGUAUUCAGUGACUUGAGGGAUCAAAAGCCUCAUCGGCUAACAGUUGUCAAACCUUUCCGGACAUCGCCAGUGAAAAGACAUCUGACGGCCUUUCAAAAUUUAAACAUACUGCGAUGGCGCAAAGAAUCUUCCGAAAACGGUUCUCAUAUUGCUGUUACUAGCAGCUCGAAUGUAUAUAUUUAUCGAUUCAGUCGUGGUGAUUUGAAAGAAGUCUGUCAGAUUUGUGCACACCCCUAUGCCAUAACGGAUUUUGACUGGUCAUUAACCGCUCCUGGAGUUUUUUCAACGUGUUCUAACAGAGACAAUAUUAAAAUUUGGGAUAUGAGACAGCAGUCUCCAACAUUACAAAUCAAAUCGAUCUUUGGAGCGGAGAGUGCUAAAUGGGCUUUACAUCAGGAUUCAAUUCUUUGUACUGCUACCGGUGCCGACAUCCGUUUAUGGGACUUGAGGGCAUCUCAUAUUGAUAAAGUGAAAUGCUUGGCUUGGCUUCCUAAGAGACCUGCUAGUUUCGUUUCUUCAAGCUUGGACUGCUACAUAAAAUUCUGGGAUACUAAAGACUUGUCGAGGCCUUUUCGAUCAAUUGGUAAACUGGAAGAUCCUGUUUGGAAACUUCAGUUUUCUUAUACUGGAGAUGAGUUCGCUACUCUUUCAAAACGGUCAUAUGGCAAGGAGAAUUUUUCCAAUACUGUCACUGUUUUCAAAACGAAGGAUCCGAUGCGUUUCCAGACUUUAAGGACCUUAUCUGUGGCUGACAUAAGUGUUCCUAUGGCUCCUUCAGAAGAUGAUGAUGACUUGCACAGUGCAGGAGCAGUUCCUUUGAUUGAUGAGCCGAAAUCACUUGGUGAUCUUGGGAAUUCAUUAUCACCAAGCCAACACGAGCGAAGCAUGUCAGGCUCUUCGGAAAAAUCAGGGUUGAAAAUAUAUAUAAGGGUAACAAACAUUGGUAAUAGCAUAGGAACGGAACUUGAUAUUCUAAGCGCGUUGAAAGCCCCUGGUCUUAGCAUCGAUGAGAUAAAUUAUGAAAAAGCCGUUGUUGGUUUUACAUAUACGCACGCCCCGACCGGUAAAAAAAUAUCGCUUCAGUUGCUUUUCAAAGCUUCAAAUGCCAAGUUUCAUAAACUAUUGUUGGAGAUUGUGGAAGAUGACUCUGUCAUUAAAAAGGAACGCAGAGCUUUUUUGCUCGAGUUUUUACGAUCUCAUAUUGCUGGAUAUAAAUCUGAUGGCUCCGAUGAUACUGCUAUUUCAAGUGGACUAAAACAGUUGUCAAAUUUCGUUGAGCUUUCGAAGAUUUUUGAUGCAGAUACCGGAGACGUUGAAGGUCAGAGUCCUAUAGGGGCAGAUGAUCAUUUGAAAGAAGGAAAAAUUCCUGCAACUGAAAUUUUUUCUGCACACGAUGAUUUAGUUCCUUCUCCACGAACGUGUGGAGCAAGUUUUAAUGGUUCAGGAUUACUGGUGGUAUUUGGCCGUGCUGGGAAAAAAAAGGACGAAGUGAAAGCCUUGCCGCUUAUGUUCACGUCAAAUGCCGAACAUUUCAAAAGGUUUCGUUCUGAAUCAAUUAAAACGAUUGAUGAUCACCGAUUACCUACUGCUCUUGACCCUCACCAAAUACCCGCUCUUUCACUUCCAAGUUCCUGUUGGUCGACUCCGAAGCACUGUGCAAGAUCUCAAUUAUGUGAUGAAGAUGGCGAUUUAUUUUCAAUGAGCAUUCCUUCUAGUGCAUUCUCUGCAACGAGAAGAGAUGCUGAUUACGAGUCGUCUCCAAAACUGAAGCUACUGUCAGCCAAUCAUAGCCACGAAAUGUAUGAAUCGACUCAUGAAACUACUGGAUCUAUGUCGGACUUGAGCAAGGUUUCUGUAAGUGCUCCACUAGUUAUAGUUCGUUCUCAACGCCACAGUAGUAAUUCCCAUGCUGGAAUCUUAGCUGAAGAACAUUUCAUGAUAGCAGAAGCCAAGCUUGUCUCGAAAGUCGUGAUAUAUGACGCUUCAGAAUUACUUCCUGUCAGCAAGGUGUUGGCUAGGAACUACAGUUUAUUUGGUGCCAACCCAUUACAAAUCUGUUUGCAUAACUUAAAAGUUGCUGAGGAUGCGGGUCGCUUAGAUCUUUUUCAAAUUUGGAGUGUGGUGGAGUUAUGGGUGCGUACAACAAUUCAAAGAUUGGGAAAUACAGCGAAACAGGAUAAGUCGUCAUUGGGUGAAGGUCUCUUUGUUCCCGUUGAUGAUGCGCAGUUUUGGGAUGAGCAUCCAUGUGGUGUUUCAAUGCUCCAGGACUUGCUGGAUCAUUGUGAAAAAAUAGGCGACUAUCAAACUGCUGCUGUCAUACUUUGCACAAUUGCUCCCCGAUUUACUAAUCCAAACAGAAUGUUGUCAGGUGAUCGAAGAGCUAAGACAGAGCAGUUCCUUCCAUUAUGUGACACUAAAUCAUUGCUAUUGAAAUCAGCAUCUUCGGUUCCUAGUUUGAUUACGAAAGAGAAAAGUGAUUUUCAACUGAGGAAAGCAUUAGCUAAAAAAUCGAUGCCAAAACUUAUUAACGAUAAGAAGAAAGUACUGUCGCGUUCUCCAAGUGCUGCACCAGCUUUGAGUACAUCAGCUCCAGCUGCUGUACCUGAAUCUCCUCCACGAAAGUUCUCGUUUUUCAGCAUUGUUAGGAAACAGAAAACGUCGAUUGCCACUGCAGUUCCUGAACUCUCGUCUGGGUCUCAAGUCUUCCUUUCUCCUACCCAAAAAUCGAUAGUUGAUGUGGGAGUUCGGACAGACUCAGAGGACGAGUUGGAUGAAGGAUCCGAAUCCAAAUCCUCUGAUGAAAUUAUUUCUUUGAAACCUGCAUACAGUCGCUCUUAUGACAAUAGAUUACUGCCUGAAGAGAUAAAACAACGCAUGAAUAAAUUUCUUCACAGCUACAUUGAAAUGUUGUACAGGUGGAGGAUCUAUACAAAAGCAACAGAGCUGAUGAAGUUCAGCAAGAAUGCUCCACGAUCGCGUCCCUUGUUUGUAUCUUACGACAACAAGUGUUGCGGAAGGGAAUGUGGCAAGAUUAACUGUGUAGCACCAAGACCACCAUUUUACUGUGCUGUAUGCCAUAUCGUUGUAAAAGGUUUGCUUACAACUUGUGCUGCUUGUAAACACGGUGGACAUAUAGAACAUUUAGCAGUUUGGUUUCAAGACAACAGCCAUUGUCCUACUGGCUGUAAAUGCCAGUGUCUUAAGUAUCGGUAA